CGACGCGCUAGUCCGGAGUUCCGUACAAAGUUUACAAACAAACGCUGCCCGCGCCGCAUCCUUCCAAGAAAAUGUGACCUGCAACAGAGAGAGAAUGCGCUGUUCGUCGCGCAACACCGGACACCGAGAUGACUAAUUCCGUCGUGCGUGCGCUUCUCUUGUGCGUUGCUUGACGUCAGUGAGGUUGAAGCGCUUACUUCUGCCUUCGCAUUUCCUUCUACAUAUCAACGUUGGAAGCGUCGAAGAUUGCUGGCCUGACUACAGCUCGACGUAGACGCAAUCCUGCGACACUAUUAAUCUCACCUCACUUCCUACCACCUUACUCCACUCUCCACCAAGCAUUUCCCCUUCGCGGUUUAGCUGCUUCAGCGCGACAGUCACCAAUCAUGUCCUCAUUCCCCGCCUUCCUCAAGUCCCAGCUGCUCUACACGCCCAAGGUGCCCCAACCGGAGACCUUCACCGGCAAGACCGUCAUCGUAACAGGCGCCAACAGUGGUCUGGGGCUAGAGGCAACACGGCACUUUGUCCGCUGCGGCGCAGCCACCGUCAUCAUAGCAUGCCGCACGCGAUCCAAGGGCGAAGCCGCCCAACGCGACAUCGAAGCCAGCACGAAGCGCACCGGCGUAUUGCAAGUCUGGGAACUGGAUCUCUCGUCGUACGCCAGCGUGAAAGCGUUUGCGAAGAAAUGCGAGACGCUACCUUGCAUCGAUAUCGUGUUGGAAAAUGCUGGUAUCGCACAAGGCAAAUUUGAGAAGAUAGAGGGGCAUGAAGCGCAUAUUGCGGUGAACGUCAUCUCUACCUUCAUGCUUGCGUUGCUAUUACUUCCUGUUCUGCGGAGGACGGCGGAGAUACACAAGACGAAGCCGUAUCUAACCAUCGUCACAUCCGAGGUACACCACUGGACUCAAUUCCCGCAGAAGAAGGCAGACAGCAUCUUUGCUGAGCUGGACGACGAGAAGAAAGCCGACAUGGCAGAUCGCUACAACGUCUCCAAGCUUAUGCAGAUUCUUCUCGUUCGCCACCUGACACAAGUCAUCAUCAAGGAUAAGAAAAAGGAACCCGUUGUUAUCAACUGUGUUACGCCUGGUCUUUGCAAGUCGGAUUUGGUCAAGGAUAUGGGUAUGGCACCCGUGGUGUUCAAGAAGCUUUUGGGACGGCAGGUCGAGGUGGGCAGUCGGCUGCUGGUGAACGCGACGGCGCUGCCGGAGAGUCAGGGCGAAUAUAUUCUGGAUGACCAUGUGGAGGAGCCGUCGCCGCUGGCGAGGAGUCAGGAGGGCGCUGAGCUGGGCAAGAGGAUUUGGGAGGAGCUGACUCGGAUACUGGAGAAGGCCAGUCCUGGUAUUACUCAGAAUCUCUGAAUGUUGGCUUAUCAAUUUGGUCGUUCCUCGCUUUGAUCAUUGAUGGGUGGAGUUAUGGGACUUAAUUAAUGUGUAAGGUCACAUUGGUCAACCAAAUGAGUAUCGGGUGUUUAAUCAGCUGUGUGUUACAGAAGUCGCAUGUUGAAGUACGCAUCGUCUUGUAAGUUG